GGAACAGCUCUCAUCAUCGCUUAAAGAAACUGUGUAGUCACUGUGUGUGACCGGUCUGCAGCUCAAAAACGAACAUAAUUUAAUCCUAUCUUGCAUUUUUUAAUUUCCACACAGGUCUUCAUAGCGUACCCGCUUCUAUAACCGGCAUCAUGUCUAUUAUGUCAUAUAACGGAGGUGCCGUCAUGGCCAUGCGUGGAAAGAACUGUGUGGCGAUAGCGUCAGACCGGAGGUUUGGUAUCCAAGCACAACUGGUGACCACUGACUUUCAGAAAAUUUUCCCCAUGGGAGACAGACUCUUCAUUGGGCUGGCCGGCUUGGCCACAGACGUACAGACAGUAUCUCAAAGACUGAAAUUCCGCUUGAACUUGUAUGAACUGAAGGAAGGCCGACAGAUCAAGCCAAAGACCUUCAUGAGCAUGGUGUCCAACCUUCUGUACGAGAAGAGGUUUGGGCCUUACUACAUUGAGCCUGUGAUUGCUGGUCUGGACCCAAAGACCUUUGAACCCUUCAUAUGCUCUCUGGACCUUAUCGGAUGCCCUAUGUUUACAGAAGACUUUGUUGUUAGCGGUACCUGCUCAGAGCAGAUGUACGGCAUGUGUGAGUCGCUAUGGGAACCUGACAUGGAACCGGAGGAUUUGUUUGAGACCAUCUCACAGGCCAUGCUGAAUGCUGUCGACAGAGAUGCAGUGUCUGGAAUGGGCGUUGUCGUUCAUGUCGUUGAGAAGGAUAAGAUCACCACACGCACCCUGAAGGCCAGAAUGGAUUAGAAAAAAACUACUGCUGCACUUCCUCUUCUACAAAUCUUUGUUUUUGUACUGAAAUAGAAUAUGCUUCAUCCCAUUUGUCACCAAUAUGAUUAAAUUGUUCAAUAAACAA